AAGAAAAUGACAAUCUGAGAAAUGGUAAUAACGAGAAUAUCUUAUACUACUAUAAAUCCGAUUCUUCAUAUACGACAUCUAACGCUCGAGUCUUUCCUAUGGAACCUCAUAAUCCGCGCCACUCUUCACAACCCCACCCCACAUUCUCCAAUCUCCGUCUACCUCCGUAUGCGCCGCCACAACGUCACUCCCGACUUCCACACAUUCCCCUUUCUCCUCCCUUCUUUCUCCAACCCAAUUCAUCUCCCUCUCGGCCAACGAACCCAUGCUCAAAUCCUUCUCUUUGGUCUCCACGCUGACCCCUUUGUCCGCACUUCUCUCCUCAACAUGUAUUCUACCUGCGGCGACUUGGACUCGGCUCACCGAGUCUUCGAUGAUGACGACUCUGUCACCAAAGAUUUACCGGCCUGGAACUCUGUGGUCAACGCUUAUGCCAAAGCUGGUGUGAUCGAUGUUGCGCGGAAACUGUUCGACGAAAUGCCUGAGAGAAACGUGAUUUCUUGGAGCUGUUUGAUUAACGGGUAUGUUAUGUGUGGGAGGAAUAGAGAAGCGCUUGGUUUGUUCAGAGAGAUGCUGUUGCCGGAAAAAAACCGAGGUUUUGUCAGACCAAACGAGUUCACAUUGUCGGCUGUGCUUUCCGCGUGUGGGAGAUUAGGUGCGCUUGAGGAAGGGAAAUGGGUUCAUGCUUACGUGGAUAAGUACAAUGUGGAGAUUGACGUUGUGUUAGGUACAUCUCUCAUUGACAUGUACGCUAAAUGUGGGAGUCUCGAGAGAGCGAAACGGGUUUUUAACUCCUUGGGGUUCAAGAAAGAUGUCAAAGCUUACAGUGCAAUGAUAUGUUGCUUGGCAAUGUACGGCUUAGCAGAAGAGUGCUUCCAGCUCUUCUCUGAGAUGACGACUAGUAAUAAUUUAAAUCCAAACUCUGUGACUUUCGUGGGGAUUCUUGGUGCUUGUGUUCAUGGUGGUCUUGUAGAGGAAGGAAGAUCAUACUUUGCAAUGAUGGUUGAGGAAUUUGGUAUCACUCCAUCGAUUCAGCAUUAUGGAUGUAUGGUUGAUCUUUACGGAAGAGCUGGUUUGAUCGAAGAGGCAGAGAGUUUUAUAGCGUCUAUGCCUAUGGAGCCUGAUGAACUCAUUUGGGGGUCUCUCUUAAGCGGGUCGAGAAUGGUUGGGGAUGUCAAGACUUGUGAAGCUGCACUCAAGCGACUCAUCGAGAUAGAUCCCAUGAGUAGUGGAGCCUAUGUGCUUCUGUCAAAUGUCUAUGCUAAAACAGGGAGGUGGAUAGAAGUUAAGCGUAUCAGACAAGAAAUGGAGGUGAAAGGUAUUAAGAAAGUUCCGGGAUGCAGCUCCGUUGAAGUAGAUGGUGUGAUUCACGAGUUUGUUGUAGGAGACGAGUCUCAAGAAGAGAGGGAAAGUAUUUACGCUAUGCUCGAUGAGAUCAUGCAGAGGCUGAGAGAAGAAGCUGGUUAUGUUUCCAACACCAAAGAGGUUUUACUUGAUAUUGAUGAGGAAGGUAAAGUGAAGGCGUUGUCUUACCACAGUGAGAAAUUGGCAAUCGCCUUCUGUUUGAUGAAGACGAGGCCUGGAACUCCGGUGAGGAUCAUCAAGAACCUCAGAAUCUGUGGGGAUUGCCAUCUUGUGAUGAAGAUGAUCUCUAAGCUAUAUGGUAGAGAGAUUGUUGUAAGAGAUUGUAAUAGAUUUCACCAUUUUAGAGACGGAUCUUGUUCUUGCAGAGAUUAUUGGUGAUAUAAUUGCUGCACAAAUGUUUGAAUACACACAUUGCAAAGGUUUCAAAAUUAAGGAAGAAAAUAAAUAAAAUAGCUUGAUGUUAACUGUAG